UUUCUUCUUAUCAUUCCAAAACCAACUCGAUUUAACAAUCAUAUGUGCGUGUCUACUAUGCAACUGAAACAACUAAAACCAGAAACAAGCACACAAACAUAUCUUAUCCAUUUAUGAGUUAUUUGUCCACUUGUUCAUAAGCGAUUGAUUUGGAAAUCGUCUGUCUCUCAACUCAGUAUUCACCAUGCCUUCAAACGGACCUGGAUACGCUACUCCUCUCGAUGCCAUGAAAAAUGGCCCUCGUGAAGAACUGCUCUACGUUGUUUGUAUUCAACCCAACCAAGCUGAAGGAAAAACCGACCUGUUAGCAACUGUGGACGUUAACCCAUCGUCACCUACUUAUUGCCAAGUUAUUCACAGAUUGAGGACCGGAAGACUUAACGAUGAACUGCACCACAGCGGAUGGAAUAUCUGUUCCAGUUGUCAUGACACGAAGGGCUGCUGUGAUGUUCCCAAAAGGGAUAAACUCAUUUUGCCGGCGUUGAACUCCGACCGAAUUUAUGUCGUCGAUACGGGGAAAAAUCCAAGGGCUCCAACUAUGCACAAAGUGAUCGAAGCUGAAGAAAUGCACCGCUUUAACUGCACCACCCCCCACACUGCCCACUGCCUGGCAAGUGGUGAAGUGAUGAUUUCGACAAUGGGUGACAAUCAAGGGAACGGCAAAUGCGAGUUUAUUUUACUCGAUGGUAAAACCUUCGAAGUGAAGGGAACCUGGACCAGGAACAAGAGCGGAGCCUUCAAUUAUGACUUUUGGUACCAGCCCUACUUUGACAUAAUGGUCUCAUCAGAGUGGGGGGCUCCCAAAAUUUUCAAACGUGGGUUCCAACCCACUGACCCCGACGACCAAAAAAUCUACGGACGCUCCCUCAAUUUUUUCUCUUGGUCUAAACGAGAGCUCCUCCAAACGGUUAAUUUGGGGUUUGAUGGAGUGACCCCUCUUGAAAUUCGGUUUUUGCACAACCCGAAACAGCCCCAAGGGUUCGUUGGCUGCGCCCUCAACGCUAAUAUAUUCAGGUUUUAUCAAAAAAGUGAUGGAACUUGGGCUGUUGACAAGGUCAUUGAUAUUCCAGCUAAGAAAGUUUCGGGCUGGGAUGGAGAUUACAUCAACGGGAUGAUAACAGAUAUUUUGUUAUCACUCGACGACAAAUACCUUUAUCUCAACAAUUGGCUACAUGGCGAUGUCAGACAGUACGAUAUUUCGGAUCCCGCGCAUCCGAAAUUGACGGGGCAAUUAUUUUUGGGUGGAAAAAUUUUGAAAGAUUCUAAGAUUAAAGUCUUGGAAGAUAAAGAAUUGAAGGAACAGCCGGAUCCUGUCUACAUUAAGGGAAGGCGCAUCUUGGGUGGUCCCCAAAUGAUGCAAUUGUCUCUUGAUGGAAAGCGGCUGUACAUUAGCUCGAGUUUGUUCUCGCCUUGGGACCGACAGUUUUAUCCCGAGACAAUAGAAAAAGGUGCAACUAUUGUUAAAAUCGAUAUUGAUACACAGAGAGGUGGGAUGAAGUUGGAUGAGAACUUUUUGGUCGAUUUUGGAGUCGGGCCUGAUGGACCAUUAUUAGCUCAUGAAAUGAGAUACCCUGGAGGUGAUUGCACAUCAGACAUUUGGCUUGCACAAGAGUAAAAAAAAAAGAUGAGAUAAGAAAACGCUUCAUAAUUGCUUAGUAAUAAAUAAAUAUUCUUGCAAUGGCA